AUGAGUAACUAGAAGAAUAGCUAUGAUAACUUGAUCUUUAAUGAUGAAGAUGAAGAUCUACAGAACUUAAGUCAGCCAAAGAAGAAUUCUCAUUAUUUAAAUCGGUUGCAUAGAAGAAACAACAAAUAAUUGGAGAAGCCAUGGUUAAACACUGUAACAGAAGAAGAUCGGGUGGAUUUAAAUGAUAAACUCAAACAAACUGUGGGAAACAGUAAAUACAAGUUCAAAUAUUUGUUUUAGAUUCCCUAAAUAAUGAAUAACUCUAAGCUUUAGAGUAGGAAGAAAACUUAUGAAAUUUUCACAAAAAAUUCUUAACUUGAACAAUAUUAUUUAUAAUUAAAGAGAACUGCCUCUAACUCUGUAAAUACAAUAUAGUCUAAAGCUGACUAUAAAGAUAUAAUAAGCUAAAUUUCAAAUAAUAAAGUACAUGAUACAUAUCAACAUUAAAAUAAACAGAAUAAUGGAGUAAUUUAUACAAAUGAAUUAUGGUCAUAAAAACUAAGAAAUCAAAUAAGUGAACAAUCUAGAUUAAAGGAACUCUCUGAGUUGCUAGAAAUGAAUAAGAUUAAAAUGAGUUAUGAUGAGCAAUUACAAAACUUCUAAGAAUACUUUGUUAAGAAAACAAAACUAAAAAAAGAAAGUAUAUCUGAUAUGUAGGAAAUUGUUUCAAAAGCUUUUUUAUCAGAAAGUCAAAAGGAAAUUUAAACCUAAGGGGAUAAUUAAUUUAAGAAACCUUAAGCCUUAAACAUAUAAACAUAUUUCAAGCCUCAUCUUGAAGAAUAAACUUUAGAUUAUUCAACAAAGCAUAGUCGAUUGGGUUCUCGAAAGCAUAGUCAAGGAUAUAGACCAUAAUCAUAAGAAUAUAGUAUUUUUAGUCGGCGAGGGUCAGCUGUAAACGUAAAAACUAAUGACGAUAUGGCAUCUACUUAAUUUAAUCAUACAGAUACGCCUAAUGAUAAAUUAAGAUUCAUAAUUGAAGAUUCCUUCAAAGAGAAUUAAUCAACGAAAAUCACAGUUUCUAAAAUUAAUAACUUUAUUAGAUCAGAAAAGGAGGAUUAAGAAAGUAUUAAAUAGAAAAAACUUCAAUUGCAAUAGGCGAAAGCGUUGAACAAUGCAAUAAAGAUUAAAAAACAGAGAGCAAAGAAUUCUCAUAUUUCCAACUAAAUAACUUGA